UCUGCAACAACCUACAGUAACAGUUGAAAUCUGCACACAGUUCGAAAAAGACGUUCCUGGGCGUAAUAUCAAAAUUUGGCAUAAGAGACGCAUUUUAAGCCAAACAAUGACCCAAUUUCACUUGACUUGGGCAGUUUUUGUACUGUUUCUGGUAUUGAGUUCCCGUCGUGCGUCUUGCGCAGCACAUGACAGGCCCCAGGGAAUAGAGGAACUUGGUAAUGCCCAGUUUGUACCCGCUGCUGAUUUACAGAAUGGUUAUUUCUUUCAGAAGGUCCGUGAUUUACUGGGCUCAGUGGUCGAUCAUGCCGGAGCAGGGAACGCCCCAACAUUGGCCAUGACCAGACUGCGGCAAGAUGGCCUUAAACUGCUGCAGGACCUUGGACUGUGGGACCCGCAGGAACCAGGCCAGAUCGACUUGGAGGAGAUGGCGGAGACAGUAGGCAAGCAGCUGCGGCAGUUUGUCGGUAUCCAGGCCUGGAGGAAUGUGUCUGCCAACUGCCUCAACAACACACUGCAGUUCUUUGACGAUGCGAGUAAUGGUCUUCCAUACGCCCGUCAAAUGAUAAGCUCCGACGGCGAAUUAAUUAGUGAGGAUGUACUUUAUGACUGGAAUAUCGUGAAACUUGGUAAUGUGGAGAUGUGUCAGUCGGUCAAGCAGUGGAAUCCAGACGCCCCGUACGAGACGCAGUACUGCGACCUCGCUUAUCCCGUCGAUCCGGACAAUUACGCUGUGAUUGGACUAUGCUUUCCAGCUAAUUGCUCAGUAGAUGAUCUCCAACAUCUCUUUCAACCUGUUCCAUUUAUUGGACCGUACAUAGGUGUAUCCUGCGUAGGGCCCUACCCAUGGGAACCAUGGGCAGUUGUCACAGUAUGUAUUUUGUGCGUUUUCCUGUUGCUGGUAACUAUGGGAACGGUUUAUCACGUCAUGAUUCGUCAAAGAAUCCAGGCCAAUUUGGCCAAAGUAGCGGUUAGUGUGGAGAAGAGGGUCGAUGGACAAUCGGACGAGAAUUCUCUUCAAAAGGCUGACAUUGAACUGCAGUUUGGCAGCCAUGGAACGGCAAGUGUUUUUGUGAAGAAAGACCUGGAAGCUAAUGGCCAUACAUCCCACCACAACAAUGGGUUCGUGGACGUUGAGGGCGAUGUUGCAGACUCAAAGGAGAUCAACUCUUGCUCCAAGGAGGUUCGAUCACGGGAUGAGAAAGCUGCGAAGCAAAAUGUGAAGGCCUUUGGUCUUCUAGACAAUAUCAUGAUGGGCUUUUCUUCCAUCCACAACGGCUCGAAGAUUUUGAACACAGAACCGACGGCUGGAAAUCUUGGCGCUCUGAAUGGCAUCCGUGUGCUCAGCAUGUGGUGGGUUAUCCUCGGGCACACUUUUUCUUUCAUGAUCGGUUAUUAUGAUGAUCUCCGUUACAUGUUUACUACGCUGACCAAGUCGUUCUUAUUCUCGGCCGUCGUCAACGCCGGCGUUUCCGUCGACACCUUUUUCUUCCUAAGCGGUCUCCUUCUGACGUACCUGACGUUGAAGCAUCUCCAGAAAGCCAACGGUAGACUGAACUGGUUUCUCUUCUAUCUCCAUCGCUUCAUCCGUAUCACUCCGGCCUACAUGGUUUCUAUAGCUAUAUGGGCCAGCCUAGCGAUUCAUUUCGGCCAGGGACCGGGCAAGCACUUUUUGUUCGAAGGGGCUGCCAACGCCUGCCGCAAAUACUGGUGGACCAAUUUGUUGUAUAUCAACAACCUGUAUCCCUUCCCAGGCGAUUUGGAUCUCCAGUGCAUGGGAUGGUCGUGGUAUCUUGCUAACGACAUGCAAUUUUUCGUCAUCAGCCCCGUCAUCAUCUACCUGCUGUACAAAAACGCCAAGUGGGGAAUGGGCUUGAUAAUGACACUAUGCCUUGCGUCAUUUGGCGUCACUGCGUACAUCGCUGCUUAUUACGGGGCAGGAGUUGGUCUCUUCCCUGCUUACAACAACAACACUGUUGUUGUGUACGGUAGCGCUUCAGUGGACAUCAUAUACGGCAAGCCAUAUUGCCGGAUACCAGCCUAUUUGGUCGGCAUCGUGUUUGGAUACAUCUUCUACAAGGUGCAAGGGAAACCGUUUAAAAUGAGCAAGGGUCUCAACCUUGUCAUGUGGUUUUUGUCUACGGCUGUUGCCAUGUCAGUCGUGUACGGAAUUUACAGAAAUGAAUUGGUAGGGACAUUUCCGCUGUAUGCUGCAGUGCUGUAUAAUGUGUUUGCGCGACCCGCGUUUGUAAUGGCCGUCGGAUGGGUGGCGUUCUCCUGUCUAGUGGGUUAUGGAGGUCCCGUCAAUGCUAUCCUCAGCUGGGGCUUCUGGACACCGUUGAGUCGCAUCACCUUCGGUGCUUAUCUUCUACAUCCCAUCAUUAUGUACACCAUCUACACGAGUGCCAAGGCUGUGUAUCACUUCACCUACAUGCAAUGGGUAAUCAUGUUCCUCGCCAAUGUGGUGCUUGCCUACGCGGCGGCCUUCGUACUGUCCAUCGGCGUGGAAGGCCCGGUCAUGGGGCUAGAGAAAGCUCUACUCGGCGGAGGGGCGAGAGGCAAGAAGAAUUAACACACGGAGCGCGGACAGCACAUCGUUUAGAAAUAGUAAAUUGCACGUUGAUUAAAAUCAUUCUGAAUGGAGUAGAUAGGGCACACGUAUAGUACUUACGGAAAACCUUUAAUGUUUUCUCGAAUCAGAUCAGUAAGAAAGCAAGAAAAUUGAUAAAAAAAACCCAAAUUACUCUUACGGUUAAUGAAGUGCAUAUUUUAAGCAACGUAUUUUGUGCUACUUUCCAAUCUUCUUAAGUGUAGGUCAACUAAUGGUAUCCUUUUUUGUUAAUUUUACUCGGAAAUGCACUUCUGUAAACAUUUAAAAAUUGUCCAUACUUUUCCAGACAACUGAGGGCGCUGUUGCCGUGAUUGCAACAUUGAGGUUUCUGCCUGGUAUGACAUCACACUUUUUCUCCUAAAUAUGGAAUUUUGCAUUUUAGCAUAAAAACUAGAGGCACCAAAGACCCUUGAAAACAAAGGUGCAUCAUCAAGAAUUACUUAAAAACAUAACACUUAAUGGGCGGGGGGGGGGGGGGCAAAUGUCUCUGCCCACCCUCGAAAACAUGAUGAAUCGGGAAAAUGCUGGCAAUUGUAGGGAAUUUGGGGAUAAACGUGAAUUGCCCCCUCUAGAAAAAAAAAACCUGGCGACGCCCAUGGUGACACAUCCCUAUACAAGUACAUGUACAUCCCUAGCAUCAAGCCAAUCGUAUUUGUACAGUUCUUUCAAUGCAGGGCCUUACAAUGCCCACGUCACAUGACUCAUGAUGACGUCAUGACGACGUCACUGUUAUAGACACGACUUUUCUACGGCAUCUUUGUCCAGUAAAAGAUAGGUGUAUGUGUUUUUAUACGCAAUAAACUGUUGUGCAACCGAAUUCUGAUUGAAGUGGCCACUAAUGCUAGGUUAACACAUUUCCGAUUUUUAAGCCGUAGCGCUGCGAAUAGCAAUUCUUGAGUAAAUUGGGGCUGCCUCGGUCAGCUGCCUCGGGAUGAUUCUGUUUGUUUGGUGAAAGAUCGUUUAAGACCGGGAAGCGCUCCGACAAUUUUGGACAUUUUUAAAAUGCCGGAUGAUUGGGGAACAAUUUUUAAUUUGGGGAACAAUUUUUAAUUUUUGGUUGAUUCUUGUAUUCGGAACUUAUUCUGGAUAUUCGUAUAGUAUUUUUGAUAUUCGUUCAUUAUUCGUACAAAUUUCGUAUACAGAUGUAGUUAGUUUUAGUGUUAACAGUUCAUUAUCAUGCCGGAUCAUUACGAAUGUAUCAAUAAAUGUACGAAUGAUAUGAAUAAAGUUAAGAAUAAGCUUAAAGUGUGUGAGGACACAA